GCAGCUCAAUUACAUUUAACUUUUACUUACACUUGGGUACGCUUAAGUUUCAUCGUUCAAGAUGUAUAUUUGGUAACUACAUUUCUUCGAUUUCUUGGAGCUGAGGUCGUGUCAUACAAGUGCAACAAAUCCGUGGAGGCAGUUUGGUUUGGUUAGAAUUGGCCUCGACAAUCCCUCAAACUUUUCUUCUGUGAUCCUCAUCGUAUUCCUUUAACACUCUCCCUCGACUCCACGCUCCCUCAUGGCCUCUCGCGCGCCCUCUCAGACCGCAACCAAUGGCAGCGCGAGCAUCCAUGUGACCUGGACGUGCUCCGCCCACCGACUUGAGGCUCCCUCGUCCCGAAACCAAUGGCGGCGCGAGUUGCCUGUCUGGGACCACGUGAUCACUGGUGCUCCGCCCACCAACCGCCGGCUCUACCGUCCUGCAACAAAUAGCGGCGCGAGCGGGCAACCGACAACCACGUGAUCCGCCACGCUCCACCCACCGACCAAUGACUGAGGCUUCGGGGAACUUCGGCACCAGCGUAAGUCGCUCCGAACAUUUCACGAAUCAGAGGACGCGGAGCGGCCGGUGGGCGUGAACAUCCGGGACGGGGGUGGGGGCAGGGGAACGGGUUAGUACGCAGGCGCUGGAGACUGAAGCGGUCGGCCGGUGGAGGAGGAGGAGGGUCUCAGGUUGUUGUUUUGGUGGCGGCGGUGGAGGGUGAUUUUUUUAGCUCCGGCUGUUAGCAGGGACAAAGCGAGAAGCAGGACGGGGCAGGAAGGGUGGAAGGGAAGGGAGCUCGCCUGUGAAGGGAGAUCGUUGAUCCUGCGCUGAUGCGAGGUGAAGCCCGAGGCGUGCGGCCACGGCCAUGAACCCCAGGAAUGUCGGCUCAUCCCGGGCGGUGCACGUCGAGUUAACCUCGCAGCAGAAACUAAGAAAAUUGAAAGAGAAGUACGUCAUUACAAUAAGAUUUAAUGAUCUCUUAUUGAUGGGUGGCAGUUACAUCUGUCCCAAUCCUGCACAUUCUGAUGGUAAUAUGUGACCGCUUGAAAUAGAGCUGCCCUGCCCGUUUGCUCCGGUUGGUGUCGCUGCUGAGGCUGGCCGUGUGCAUGUGUCUUGGUGUCAUGUACCCCUUUCCACGAUGGCAGAUCGGCUCUCAGCGGCGACUUCGACAUCUGCGAAGUAUUGCAGCACGAAACAUCGUCAGCAAGAAUGGUUCUCAUCUUCUGGACACCUACUUUAGCCUACAUUUGUGUGAUGAUAAGAAGAUCUUUAAAGCAUUUUACACCAGUGAGGUCAUAAAGGAUUCUUUGAACCCGACGUGGAGGAGUCUGGACUUUGGCUUGAUGCCAGAUCGCCUUGAUACUUCUGUUUCGUGUUUCCUGGUGAGGAUCUGGGGAGGAAAGCAGGGACAAUAUCAUCCAAUCAUUGAAUGGCGAGUGAACCUUGAUGGACUCAAAUACUUGGGCCAGCAGAUUCGGGCACGUAAUCCCAAUGAGGUAAUAUUUGGACUGAAUGAUGGUUACUAUGGAACUCCCUUUGACCAUAAGGAUCUCACUGAGAAGAAGAGAACAAGUCUUCUGCAAGUGGACCUAAGUUCCGUGAGGAAUUCCUACAGUGUAUUCUCUCUGCUCAGACUUCACACUGCCCAACGUGCAAUAAAACAGACUCAGGUAACUGUUCAAAGAGUAGGCAAAGAAAUUGAGGAGAAGUUGCGUUUAACAGCAUCAUCAACACAAUUGAAGAAGGAGCAGGAGCAUUUACAGCUGAAGAUCUUGGUGCUUCGAAAUGAACUCGAGAGACAGGAGAAGGCACUGGGCCGUGAGCUGGAGAUGUUGCAAAAAGAACUGAUUGCAUUCCAUGACAAGGAAAAAGUGUUCGCGAGUAAACAGCAUUGCUUACAAGUGGAGGACUCAUCUCUGACUGAAGAACGGAAAGGGUGUAUAGCAAAAAGAGAGAUGUUCCUGAAGACCAAUGCUCAGCUCAACAUCCGUCGUCGACAACUGCUGUCGGAACUAUCUUACAUCUACCCUGUUGAAGUGAAUGAUCAGAAGGAUUACUUCAUGUGUGGAGUAAAGCUACCCAAUUCAGAAGACUUCCAAGCUAAAGAUGAAGGGAGCAUCGCAGUCGCUCUGGGUUACACAGCACAUCUGGUGCUUAUGAUUUCCUAUUUCCUGCAAGUGCCCCUCAGGUAUCCCAUCAUCCAGAGGGGUUCCAGGUCGUCCGUCAAAGACAACAUCACAGACAAGCUUUCUGAGAAGGAGAGAGAGUUCCCUCUGUAUCCAAGAGGAGGAGAGAAGUUUCAGUUUGAAUAUGGAGUUUAUCUACUAAACAAAAAUAUUGCACAGCUAAGAUACCAGCAUGGCAUGUCCACACCAGAUCUCCGACAGACACUGCCUAACCUGAAAAGCUUCAUGGAACAAGGGCUAAUGGUGCGAUGUGACCGGCCUCUCUCCAGUACCAUUCCCGUGCCUCGGAGGCAAACGGCCAUCGCGUCAGUAGGCUUGGUGACGCAGGCUCGGAGUGGUGGAAUCCCCUCUCCAGACAAAGCUUGGAGGCAGUCGCGCGGGUGUUUGGAAGAAGAUCUGACCCCAAGCCACAAUGCAGCAGCGUGUCAAGCAGAGCCACCGCCGACGGACGCGUGCAAGGUGCGCACCUCUAUAAUGCUGGAGGUACCUGGCAGCUCCUUCAAGGAGGAGGAGGCAGUGUGUGACCCCUUUAAGAAUGGAGUGCACGGUAAUGAAAAUGGUGUUGUUGAUGAAGCGCCACGGUCACAACCAGUUUCCUCUGGGGUAAAUGGGAUGACAUUGCCCAGUGCACCCAUCGCUAAGUCCAGCAGCCCACACUCGGGUGACUUUGGCCACCCUAAGGGCGGAGGUGUCUUCUGCUCGGUGGAGCGGGCAGAGGAAAUCAUCGGAAUGGAAGCCACAGGCUUCAGUUCAGAAGAACAGCUAGAAGGAUUCUGCAUUCCUGUUGACCAAGCCGUGGCUGUGGAGAGCGAUGACCAGGUUCUGGGCGAGCUCGAUGCCGAAGGGUUUGAGGAGUUCUCCCGGAGGAUCUAUGCACUGAACGAGAAUGUCUCGAGUUUCCGGCGACAUCGCAAAGGCUCCGAAAAGUGAGACACUCAGGUCAAAGCACAGCAAAGACCUGUGAGCUGUAAUGAGAAGCCAAGUUGCACUUUCUGAGAGAGUUUGCUGAAAUGAGAUUAUGGCUGUUGCAUUUGAAAUGGAAAGGCUGAGAGAAAAUGAAUGAAUCAUACACAGAGAUGUGAGAAGGAGCAGAGCAAAUGCAUCUCGAUCCAUGGCUUUGCAGAAUGACUUCAUGUUAUCCAUGGCUGCAUGCUUGUAUCUACCAACCUUUGUAUGCAGAUAAACUUGCCCAGUCUUUUCAACUAAACAGGAAUCAGUCAAUUGGUCACCCUUUCCCAGUGAACCCAGGAUUACGUUCCUGGGACUGAGAGGAGCACUGAGCAUAACGCCGAAAGGGCACGAGAUCUGGCCUUCAGCCGCAUUAACGUUGUCCAGCCAGCACAGCACCUAUGCCUCAGUGCAGACCGCCCUCGUGCCGAAAAUAUGUCAACCCAGGAAGCUGCCAAGAAAUGACAACUGGCUGUGUCUGCUAAGUAACUUACGUGCAAUGACUCCAAGCAGAAUUUCUUUGACCCUGAUGCAGAAGCUCUGAGCUCCUGACAUUUCUCCGAGAUGGGGGCUUGCUGCAGGGUUCUGAUGAAGUCCUGCCAAACAACUUCUGGUUCAGGUUUCGUUUAUUCUUUGCAAUAGAACUUGCUGAAGGUAAUUGGAAAAUAAAAAAUAAAGUCAGUCAUUUGGUGGAAACCACUUUGAGAGCUAUUUCUCCAUGCAGUUGAAAACAUCAAGGAAAUAGUUUUAAUUUAAUUGGCCAAAUAUUGCUUGCCUACAUUUUGACUACAGAAUUGUACAGUCUCAGGUAUUGUUGACCUGUUUUGAUAACUAUCCGAACCUUCUCCCCUUCACAACUCGACAGCCACCUAGGAACUGAAAACAGGGAAAGUGCAUGAAAUUCCCCUAUGCAUUUGGUAAUAUAAAAGGCUGUGGGUGUGUGAUGUUCACUUAUCUGUUGAUUUAAUUGAUGUGAGCGGUUCAUUUUCUUUCCCUUGCACUUGUUUUACUAACCCCCCCCCCCAAAAAAAAAUUGCUUCUUAAUCUAACCUCUGAAAUAUCAGAUUUAAAAUAGACAGUUGUUCCGGCCCUCCUGGUGAGUCAAAUUUGACGUUUAUAAAGACUUCCAGUGACAACUCAUUAACCAGCACUGUGACUGCCCGUACAAAAAUCACACAUGUGAAAUUGGGGGGAACAUUGUUUGGAAUUCAUAUUGGGCUCAUAGUGCCUCAGGGUAAAUCUGACCUUCAUAGAGACUUCUGGUGACAACUCGUUAACCAGCUCCGCAGCCGCCCAUACAAUUCAGGUUGGGGGGGGGGACACCACCCAGAAUUCCAGCACCUCAGGCAAACCUGACCUUCAUAGAUUUCAUUGACCGGUAUUGCCUCCAGUGGCUGAGCAGCCUCAGCCGGCAAGAGGCACCCAAUCUCAACCUCAUUGGGAGUUUCUGUUUUGAUGAAGUAGGUUAAGGAAAUAAUACCUGAAUUCAAUUGACAGGUGCAUUGUCCCUAGAACUGCUGCCUACCUGUGCUAUCUACAUAGUGUUAGGUUCAGUAUGGACUGAUUUAUACCUCCUUUACACAGGUGAUACUGACUAUAGCUCUGCUGCCCUCCAAGUGAGUAUGUGGACAGAAUACAUUUGUUUCUGGAUGUCUCCCUCAAGAACCUUUUUUUAAAAUUAUAAUUAAAUCAUAAUUUAUGUUGUCCACUGAGAUUUGAACUGCACAGUAUGUUGUACCAGCUGAACUUAAGAUACACUGGAAUAAGUUUGCAAAUGUAGCAAAGACAUUCUUUCGUCAAGAUUAAUGGCUCCUGUUACUUCGUACAACAAAUUUAAUCAAUCUUUGUUUCCCCUUUCCCUCCUUCGACCCCCCCCCCCCCCCCCGCCAAACCUUACUUUAAAAACACAACUUUCCUGAGGAUGAAAAGUUCUAGUGAACAAACCACUGCAUUGCCAAAGUAUUUGGUCUGGAGAAUUGAAUCUAAUUACAUUCAAGUAUUAACUAGCUUUACAGUCUCCUCUUCCUCACUUCGAAUCUUCCAAAACUUUUCUAACUUAGCUGUCUGGUCUGUUUUCAUCCCAGGUUCCAUUCACUGGGGUCAGAGGGCCCUGUUUUUGAAUAAAGAAGGUAUGGUUCGCUUCUGUACAGGGUUGGGGCAAGUGCAGAUAAGGGAGAACAUUCUGCCUGUGGGAUCUCUGUGCAAUUUCAUUUGCCUCUCCCGUGGCGUAGCACUGUUGAGUAUGACAUUUCACCAUGGCGCUGAUUUGAAUUUGACAAGUUAAUUUGGUGUGUGUUUUUUUUUGCUUUUAGAAGUAUUGGCAUUAUGAAUGUAAUUAUUUGUUUGCGGUCCAUUAAUGCAUACAAUUCUGUGUAUCGGCUGCUUGGAUCAAAUUUAAGUAUGUUUUUGUCUGAAUGCUGUUUGCUGUGAACUUUGGUGCUGAAGGCUUUCCAAGCAGCCAGUUGGGAGUAAGUACUUAUCCAUGGAGACUACCACCCAACAGCCCUGUACACCUGGUGUUCACACUUAAAAUAUACAUGUGCAUACCUUGCUGUUCCACUGAGACGGAUAAGACAGUUGUCAAUGGUAUGAGGCUGUUACAUUUCAUAUCUUUUGCCCCAUUAGAACUAUUUUCUUCUUCUUAAGGCCAUCACCUCUACAGGGGCAUUGUCUGUCGACUGCAGCUCAUCAAAGUCGCCAGUCCUGGACCAGUCCUUCAAGUUGUCCCCAUGUGUUGCCUAUUUUCCAAGAUCCUUUUCUCCCAGGGACAAGGUCGCUGGAGCUUUGGUAGCUCUGUUUUCUCUUACAGGAUGGGGUUGCUAGCCCAUACCCAACCCUCCUUCUUUUGAAGCCGGGCUUGGGACCAUCUGUGGUGGAGUUCACUAAUACCAUGCACUGAUAUUAUUUGACUGUACUCUUGAGUUUGCACACCAAAAUCAUUGGUUAGUUGCCCAUUGCAGACAGAGGAACUGUUGAGCUAAUCCACGCUGCCAAGUGAAUGGACUUGCAUCUUGUCUUUGGGAUAACUUUGGUCAAACUCUGAAGAUCUCAGUCUGUGGUUUGUGCUUUGCUGUCACCUUCACCUGUAGUUGGGCAUCUGUCACCCAAAUCCAAAACCAGAGGUUACUUAUUAAUAGCAUCACACAGUUGAAGACGGAGCAGUUCUGUGUGUUAGUACAGUGUGUUCAAUUCUUGGUUCAGAUAAUGAUGGGCUUGUGUUGCUUUUGGCUUUAAUGUUCCAUAGCAAUAAAACGUAACCCCAUCAGUAGAAAAUUGAACUGUUGCAUCCAGGAACAGGAUCUUUCAUCUUCUUAAGCCCAUCAACCCUACUGGGGCAUAAACUGCCGACUGCAGCUUGCCAGAGUCCUCUAUCCUGGACCAGUCCUUUUUGUCCCCAGGUGUAACCCAUCUUUGAAGAUCCUUUGGCACUUCUGUUGGUGUUUCUGUAGCUCUGGGCUUUUAUGGGAUGAGGUUGCUAGCCCCAUGCCCUAUCCUCCUUGUUCUGCAGUUGGGCUUGGGACCAUCCAUGGCAGAAUUAGGAACUGGAUCAGCUAGCUUUAUAAUGUUUGCAAUAAAUUCACAUACAUUCAAUGGUGGUCUAUUGAGCUUUCUCAAAAACUCAGUUCAUCACUCACGUGAGAGGACUAAAUCUCUUAAUCAGAGAACGUUACUACUUGUUUUGCCCUUAAUCAUUUGGAACAUAUGCCCUUGCAGUUUAGAUCUCUUUCCAAAUGUCCCUUACUGAAAGACACUUCACAUGAUUGAGCCAUGUAUGUACACAGCCCAAAUGACAGUUUUUAUCAUGUUAAACAGUUAGCUUAAAGAAGCUAUGGAAGUCUAGUUGAAGUUCAAGGUUGAAAAUAAAUUUAUUAUCAAAUACAUAUAUGUCACCAUAUACAACCCUGAGAUUCAUUUUCUUGCAGGCAUACUCAAUAAACCCAUAAUAGACUCAACAAAUGACCACACCAAUUUGGGUGUUCAACCGGUGUGCAAAAGACAAUAAACUCUGCAAAUACAAAAAACAAAUAAUAAUAAUAAAUAAAUAACAAGAACAUGAGAAGGACUUUCAAGAGUCCUUGAAAGUGAGUCCCUAGGUUUUGGGAGUAGCUCAGUGAUGGGAUGAGUGAAGUUAUCCACUCUGGUUCAAGAGCCUGAUGAUUGAGGGGUAAUAACCUUCUUCCUGAUGGCAGCAGGGAGAACAGAGUGUUUCUGUAACAACCCUUUGUAUAGAUGUACUCAAUGGUAAGGAGGCCUUUAUACCUGCUAGACUAGACCUUAAUCCACUACUUUGUGUAGGAUUUAGGUAUUUGGGUGGAAUCACAAUCUUAUCCAGUGUACAGUGAAUCUAGCACCAUCUUAUCCAGUUAAGGAACUCAAAGGAGUAAAUAAAUAACAGAUGCACUAGAAGCCUAGUUGGUUUAGGGUGAAACACAGUGAAGCUGGGGACAAGGGAUGAGAUCACAGAGUAUUCAGAGUGGUCAGUGUGACAUGAAAUCCAGACUGUAAAUUGUUCCUUCCUAGUUCAAGAUUAUUGUCAUCUGACCUGUUCAUAAAUGAAACAACGUUCCUCUGAACUAUUGUACACCCACAAUAUAUAUAUAUAUCACACACCCUACAUAAAAUUAUUCCCAUUUUCCCCCUCACUAUCUUUAAAUCUGCCAUUUACCUCUUUAUACUGGUUUACUGAGGGAAAAUAAAAGCUACUAGAAAAUUGGAUAGGCUGAGUAUUGAGAAACACAGGAGAUUCUGCAGGUGCUGGAAGUCCAGAGUAACACAUCAACAAGCAAACUGCUGGAGGAACUCAGCAGCUCAGGCAACAUCCAUGGAGGGGAAUAAACAAUCUAUGUUUUGUGUUGAAAUCCUUCAUCAGGUCUCAGUCCGAAACGUCGACUGUUUAUUCCUUUCCAUAGAUGCUGCCUGCCCUGCUAUGUUCCUCCAAUAUUUUGUGUGUGCUGAACUGGAUUUCCAGCCUCUGCACAAUCUCUUGAGUUUAUUACAAAUGAGCUGGGAAUAUUUUUAGAUAAGUCAUUGCGCCUGGUUUUCACUGCCACACCAAAGAUUUAUUUCUGGUAAACUUUCUUAGAGCAAAUAAUAUAAUGUCUUGUCUGUCAUGUUCUGCAUAAAGACUAAGCUGGCAGGGUAGAACUCACACAAUGUAGUGUGGUCUGGAUAAUCUUAUCCUGGCUGGUGUAUAACUAGCCUUCUCCCUCACCAUAUCAUGGACACUUUCUGCUAUUUUCCAACCAGGCCUAUUAUGUCUGUGCUCGACUCCAAGCUGAAAGUUGAGCCAUCACUCAGGGAGCAAUGGCCAGCUCCAACGAACUCCUACAUAACAAGGAUAUUGUUUAUUUUACAAGCAGGUUUCUUCUGGUAACAGAACAACAUAAGUACAAGAAACAACAAGACUUGUCAGCAGCAGACGAAUUGGAACUCCAGAGAAUUACUUACUUAAGCCCAUCGCCCCUAACUAGGGCAUAGGCCACUGACCACAGCUUGCUGGAGUCCUCUUCCAUGGGCCAGCCUAUCAAGUUAUUCCAGGCACAGCCCAUCUUGUCCUUCCUCUCCCAGGGAUGAGGUCCUUGGAGCUUCUGUAGCAAUGGAUUUUUAAUAGGAUGGGGUUUGCUAGCCCCAUGCCCAACCCUCCUCCUAUCACAGCUGGGCUUGGGACCACCCAUGACAGAGUUAGAGAAUUAGUCCAUCAAAACUCAUUCUUGGCAUUCACCUAAUCACAAGAACCUUACAAUUAUGGGUCAGUAUGUGGAAAGUGUCGCCUGCAAAGAUCCCACCCUUGUAAUCAGGUACAAGUCCAUCUUUCUGUUGAAUGGAAAUGCCUCCCAGCUCUAGGUAUCUAGCUCCCAGUAUCUAAAGUAGUGAUACUUCCCCGAAAGGUCGAGCAUUCUUACCAGUGCCAUGUGUCCUUCCACCAACAUUGUUAAAACAACAGAUUAAUCGUCGUCACCUUGCCAGUGGCAGAAACCUGCUGUGUACAAAUUGGCAGCUUUAAUGCAAUAUACUUUGUCCCACAGUUCCCUGACAGUGAGUGCAGCCAGGGUGAAGACCACCCAGCCCUUCAUCAAAUAGUUGUCCUUCCAGAGGUGUGCUUCUCUGAUGUGUAAAAGUUCUCCUAAACGCCACCUCAAUAUGUGUGGGAACCAGUUCUCACCAGUCUGAGGCUCACUUAGUGGAAGCCACCAUUUUAUUUCAUAACAUUGAGAGUGAGGGAAUAAGAUCCAGAUGGGGCUUAGAAUAUGGGAACCCCAAGAUUCUUGUAUCAUUCCACUUACAAAGCUGGAAGAUACAGUUGGUUGCUUGUCUCUGUAUAGCAUAGAAGCAGGAAAUGUGGUAGUCAUAGAGUGCUGCCUCAAUCAGAUCAGGUGAUAACACACUGCUGUUUGAUGAUUGGGAGAGCUUGAAGCCAUGAGGCCAAGUGGAGGUAAGCCAAUGCACCCUUGCCAGCAAUGAUGAGUUCAUUCCGAAUCUUCUGCGGAGCUGACAUACUUGGUUAUCACAGGAAGGCAGAGACAAAGUCCACGGAACAAUAUCCAAGCAAGUAGCGCAACACACACAAAGUGAUGCAGGAACUCAGCAGGUCAGACAGUAUCUGUGGAAAUGAAGGAUCCCUGCCUGAAAUGUUAACUGUUCAUUCAUUUCCAGAGAUGCUGCCUGACCUGCUGAGCUCCUCCAGCAUCUUGUGUGUGUUGCUCUGGAUUUCCAGCAUCUGCAGAAUCACUUGUGUCCAAGCAAGCUGAGUUUGGUUCUAAAUUUCUCCAUUCAACUAUAGUGGCACUAGGUCUGCCAGAAUCACUGCUGAUUUGUAGUUAUGUUCACCCUUCCCCUCACUUUGGUAAACCCUUUUAUAAGGUCUCUAUUUAUUAAGGAAAAAAUAUGCAGUGUUUAUUUAAAUUGUUACUCCUGCAAACAGUAAAAGGCUGUAAUCAUUUGCAAUUUGUAUUCACAUUCUUGCUGAUGAUUGAAGUGUCAAUGAAAAUCGUCUUGGUAAGCAAAACAAAAUAAAAUAUUGUUUUACCAUA